AUUUGGGGACCCUGUCAUACUGAAAACAACUGCCCUGAAACAGUGAACUCACCGGGCGUCAACCCGAGCUUGUUUCCUUUCAUUUUGAAUACGUGCUUUACGGUAUUGAAAGCUCCUUUAUCCUAUUAAGUGCUCUGAAAAUAAAACUACUGCGGGGUUAAGGCGUUCAUAGAUUUGUUUGAAGCAUUUAAACUUGUGAAAAAUUUAAAUGGGUGAGGCUUGUUUCUUUUUUUCGGACGUUACCGGAAGUGGAUGUAGACUGAAAGUCGUUUCCGGUUUUUCAUGAUGCAGCAAUUCAAAAGGCUUUGAAUUGCUUUGGGUUUUUAUUUCAUUUAGGUUAUUCAUCUCAGCUGGGGCAAAAAUUCCUAUUGCUGGAACGGGGGACAGAAAAUGUUCAAUUUUCUUUGUUUGAUUGGUCGUACGUGAUCGUAAUGCGACCUCGAGGUAUUAUUCACCUGACACUUUUGGCGAUGCGUAACGCGUUCUCGUGAAGAAACAUUUUGUUUCGCGGCAAGCGGCAACGUCAAUAUUCUGGAGAAUUUGGGAUGCGAUUCAUUUGGAAAAGGAAGCUACCAAGGAGGCGAAGAUUACUGUGCUUCACUCUUCUAGCUAUAUUAAUCUACAUUUUUUAUCAAAUUGUCAUUUCUUUCAACGAUGAAAAUAUAGAGUUUGACAGGCAGUGGACCUGUGAAGAACUUAAAGCGAGAGAUCGCUUGGCAGAGCUGUGCAAAGAUUUUAUCAAUGGUAACACCGGGGGGAAUCUCUGUCAUGACUUAUGCACAAGUGGUGAACUUGUCGUCCAAGAUUGUCUUGCGCAUAAAAACACCACCGUCGUAUUUUCUGGCACUUGGAGAAGAAAUGAUGUUGUAUUCAAGACAAAGAGACGUCCUCACCAUGUUGAAAAGCUAGAGGAUCUACUGUCCAUUGGAGUAAGUGAUGAUGAACCCACUGCUGGAGAUGAAAAACUGUUCAAAAACUUUGUACUUCGUGUGUUUGAACAUGUACAGAAUGAAUUGUCCUUUUUUAGACUAAAAGACAUAUUAAAUAUAUCUGAGCAACGGGUACUUGAAGUUCUUUGGCAUCCACAUCCAUUAGGAGAACUUACCUGGGCAGACAUGUCAAGUUUGUGGUUGUUAAUUCAAAGAGAUGAAUUCAUAAAGUUACAACUUUUAAAAGAGAUGAGACACAUUCCAAGAGUCUAUGGAUUCUGUGGCAGCUUUUAUGCUGUAGAGAAGGUGGAAACAUUAGAAGAGUUUUCAUUCACCCCAUUCAAAAGGCCAAUGCCUUGGAAAAAACGUUUAAAUGCUGCUCUGAACUUUCUGGAUCUUUCAGAAGAAUUUACCAAGACACCUUUGGGACAGCUACACCACUGUGACAUACAACCUGGUAAUUUUGGUGUUGCCAAAGAUAAGAGAGUUGUAGCCCUUGAUAUUGACUCUGUGUUUGCAACAAAACAAAUGGAGGAUUUUCUGGAACAACCAACUUGUGAAAGUAACAAGCAGUGUGACUUUUUUGACUGUAUGUCUGCUUGUAAUACAACAGAACAUAAAUGUUCAAGAAAAAUUCUCACAAAUAACCUUCAGAUCAUCUGUCGAGAUAUUUUGCUGUCACAUUGGGGGCAGCCUGGAUUACUGCAGAGAGCUCCCAUCCAUGCUCAGAACAAACUCUCACCUGUAUUGUCAGACUGUGCAUCAGACACAAUGCUACCAUGGAAGCCAGGAAAAAUAGAAAGAAUAUAUAGGAAGCUCAAAAAAAUUCUCUCAGAGGAACUUGAGUCCAACUAGGACUGAAAAAGGACUCAUGUUUCUUUAUUGGAAAAAAAGUAAAAUCGAUUUAGCUAGGCUCAGAAAUUGGAUUGAAGAAUUGAAAUUAGGUUCAUUUGGUCUGUAUACAUGUCAGGGUAUUUAUCAAAGAACAAAUAGUAUUAGCAUCUAGGUACUGUUUAAAAAAGAAAUAUUUAAAUUAAGGCAUUUAACACACACCUUGUUCAGAAAUGAAAUAUAAUUUGCAUUUUGUAAAGAUGUAUCGAUACCUUUCUAACUCUUUUUCCCGUAAUUUGUUGAUUGUGUUUUACUUCCUUUCGCUAUGUCAAUUUUAUGGCAGCAUACCUGUAAAAUAGCUCAGAAGUAGCUUCAAGGUAAAAUGUUCUCCCCAUGUUCAAACUGUUAACCAGAAAACAUACCUUAGUUAUAAUUUACUUACAUGUACAGGUAAAUAACAAAGGAAAUAAAACAAAAUGAGGAAUAUUUCAAA